AGCAUGACAUCAAUGUCCCUUGGUUUUUCAGCAAAUUAAUAAUAAAAUAAAUUUACGUAAUGUAUAAAACUGUCCCAGAACACGUGAAGAUUUCUGAAACUGGUUUUCAUUUGCAAGUAUCUCCCAAAAUGAGAUGGGGACGUUUUUGUUUUGAUGAGUGCGGAACUACUUUAAAAAACCAAAUAUGUUAACUAAACAGGUAGAUCACAAGCGUCUGUAGUCCAACGGUUAGGAUAAUUGCCUUCCAAGCAAUAGACCCGGGUUCGACUCCCGGCAGACGCAUGGAUUUUGUUUUUUAUUUCCAUCUGGGCACUCAAAAAAUUUACUAUGUUGUUGGUUCAAAUAAUUCAAAGUUUUUUUUUUCAAUCCCAUGCCUAUGUUGUUGGUUCAAUCAUCAUCACACUUAUAGACGAUAACACGAGGAAGAAUGAUUAGACGUACUUGAGCCAAUCGGGUGCAUUACUCUUACACCCGGUCGCAAAUAUUAUUGACUCAAAUUCUAUUUCCUUCCCGUCCAAACUUUGCCCACUUCUUCGUUAUAUUUUCCCACCGCAUGUGUCACCUAGUGUUCAUUAACCACAAGAAGAGUCAUUUACUAUGUUAGAAAAUUUUAAACAGAAACUCAUAACAUUCAGCUAUAUUCAUAAUCACAAAAUACAAACACACGCAUGUAAUAAGUUCAAUAUUACUAGGCAGUGCUGGCUAUAAGGCUGUGAUGCGAGUGCGCAUUGGAUCCUACAUUUUUUUAUAUAAAUUUCUUUACUAUUUUAGGAUCUGUAAUUUUGAAAUUCUUAUAAACAAGUAUACAACUUUUAAAUUCACUCAUGAAAGGCCCAUUUUGUUCUAACCCAGGUCUGUUACCAGGAUGCUACGUUUACUUCACUUCAUAUCUCUAGACUCUAAUCUGUUUAGCUAUAGAAGACUAAUUUUUUUAUGUAACAAAAAACUAGAAUUAUGAACUUACUCUAAUUGACCGGAUUGUAUCAAAGAUAUGGCGCCUACAUCAAGAACCGGAGUUUUUCAGGUGGCGUUCUUGAGCUGAAUUGGUCCGGUUUUAGGUCCUCGGAGGCCUAGCCGGUCGGUAUUGUCCAGCGUAGAAUUAGCAAGAAGCACAAGCAAACUGCCCACCAGUUUUAGUAGUGUCAUUUGUUAUUCCAAAACUCGAUAGACCAAAACAGUGUCUUGGUAAUACAUGCACGUGCGUCAUUAUAAUAGUUAAUUAAACCAGAUCAGCUCAGCGUAGUUUUCUUUUUGUUUUUUGGGUCGAAAUAUUAAAUUCUCAGCAUAAUCAUGAUAGUGAACUUUGAUAACGAGCAACCUCUAAACACAACUAAUUAAUUACAGAGUUUCUAACGACCAUAUGAGGCAGAUCAUUGUAUGUACAAAGAUCCAAGCACAUCUUAAUACCGGAAUAUCUACAGCCAACCACCAAAACCUUCGGGUUUGCAAACUCCAAACCGGAAAUGUAUGCACUGCCAUUGGUGUGAACAACCGGUCCAGUAAAAUUCUCCAAAGCGGAUAUUUCUGAUACCCCCGGUUCAGCGUUCUCCCGUGGGUUCAAUUAAUAAUAUAAACUAUGCUUUUUGGUAUUUUUUUUUUUUUUUUUUUGAUCAACUUUGGUAUUUUAUUUGACCAUUCAGAAAUAGGGAGUUUUUUUUUCUGCUAAUUUCAGUUUGUUAGGGACUUAUAUGAUAGUUGUUCAAAAAAUAAAAUAAAAAGGGGACUUAUAUGAUCAUAUUCCCCUAAUUAAUAAUAAUAUUCCCAAAAAAUGUCUAAAAAUUAUCAAAAAUUUCUGAACGCAUUGCAAGAAAUGGCUACAAAAGAAAAAUAAUCAUUUUCGACAAAAAUAAAAUAUAAUAAAAUCCUAGUGAAAAUUAGAAUAGGGGAAGAAGUUGACGGGUUGACGGUUGAACAACGGUAGCCAAUAGGAGAUUACAACAGUACCCCUUAAGAGAUUAUAAAACAGAGUUUGAACACUUCACUUUCUUUUUUUUGUUCGCUCUCUUCCUCUCGCAACUUGAAGCACUUUCGUUUCUUCUUCCUCUCGAACUCGAAGUCUUACAGAAGCUGGGUUUCUGACAUCGCUAACCACAAAACCGGUAUGGAUAACCAAGCGAAAUGCUGCCUGGGCGCAAUGAUCCAGAAAACAGAAGAACAGGUGUUUGAGGGUGGAUACGUGAUUCAUGGGAAGGAUGAGAACGAGAGUCUAAUCAAAUUUACGUGCUCGGAACUUGAUCUUCAAAAUUGUAAAGAUGUUUACGAAGCUUUGGACAAUUUCGUCGGAGGAGUCGACAAAAACACAGUGAAUCUGAAGGAAAACGAAAUGGACGAGGCAUCACUUAUGAUGAUCAAGGUUUGUGUUGAUAGCGAUCAUGAUAAAAGUUGCACAUUCAAAACCCAUAAAGAAGCUACCUUUGAAAGCUUUAAGGAUGAUGUGGCUGAAUACUUUGGCGUUGAGGAGCAUCGCCUCCGGUUCUACACUUCCGAAGCUGCCUCAAGUCUCGUUCUCUCAAGAAGCUAUUCUGCUACAGUAGAGCAAGUGGUCAAGUCUGAUACAGUGUUGGUCAAGUUUGAUACAAAGCCAGGAGUAACCGGUAUCUGUGACCUGUGCCCAAGGGUCAAUUUAGAUGAUGUCCUGGAUAUGGAAGACUAUGGGCGAGAACCGAGAGUCAUCAAACCAAAAGCAACAAAAAGGCCAUCCAAGAGGUACAACAAGUAGACAAACAAGCCUUCUUUGUCAGAUCCUGGUUGCUUCAUCACCAUCUUAACUCAGCCUAUUUGCACUAUCUUCUUCCUCUCUAUGUUGCCAUUUUGAGAUUUGUUAAUGGGGUCAUCACUUGCAUUGUAAAUGACUAAUAGCAUUGUAAAUCAGAAAAGAAUAACACAAUAAUUCAGGCAGGAAACAUGUGUCAUAUUAUUAUUGUUUUUGACUAUAUUUGUUUUACAAGAGAAUGUCUGAUACUAAGGAUUUGAUCACCGUGCUUGGUUAUGCUUUAGUUUCUGAUGGUUUAAUCAGAAGAACGCAAUGCUCAGUUUCAUCCUGAGAAAUGUGAUGCGACUCGUUUAGCUGAAAGAAAAAUCCAAUUAAAUAUCCAAAACAAACCAUAAAAUACAGAGAUUGGUUAUCACAAUACAAAGUUUGAGA